UGACAAUAAAAAUGGCGUUUUUAAGUUCGUAGUUUUUAUUAAUCGAAAAUAAUAACUGACAUCAUGUGAAGUUUCUUGAGCCUAUUUUGUACAUUUAGUUAUGAAGAACGGUUAGAUGUUUGGUUAAUUUACCUCAAGAAUGGAUUUUGUUGAUUUGGAUAAAGUUUUAGAUGAAUUUGAAGAAGAGGAGAAAGCUGCAAACUGUAUUAACCCUGGCCAGGAAGUUCACCCAAGUGGGUACGCAGAGUUUAUUGAAUCCCAUCAAGAUCGACCAUGGGAGACCCUGUCAUGUGUUCCAGCCAGCGUGAAGUCGGAUCUGUUCACAGAAAACCCCAAGAGCUCUGGGAGUGUAAUGUAUGAUUAUGGUCUGCCUUAUGAUGGAAUUCCCCAGCCUACUGUUACAGAUAUCGGUAAAGUGGCCGAUUUCAUGCCGGUCAGCAGCUUAUCUUCUGGUGGGUAUUCAAACACCAACACUUCCAGACACGUAAACCAGAGCAGUGGAUCUUUUGAUAGUUAUACCCAACUUAAAACUGAUGUGCUUGAAAAGGAAAGUCACGUCCAUAUGAAACCAUUGCCAUUGAUGGUAAAUCAGAAACCUACAGCUAAUCAGCCGACAUACACAAUAACUUAUGACGAACAGACUAAUGGUUCAAUAUACACUAUGAACUUACCUUAUGUUGAACAUAAUGGAAACUUGUCGCCUGAACAGACAAAACCCGUGAGAAAGCACAUCAAAGCUUCCCAGGUGACUGCAGUUCAAACAGACGCUCUGACCCCUCGGACAGAGAGAGAUCUUAACUCGCUGGAAUUUCCAAAGACAAAUAUUAUUGUGGAAGGGCAUGAUCAAAAUGAUGUGCAUCUUUUACGAAUUACUCCCAACUCCAUUCCGGUUGAUAAUGUUUUGUCAAGCAAUGAAAUGGUGGAUCGGCAUUCUUCAGUAGACAGUGAGAUGACAAAUUCAGCCUAUGCAAAUUCUCAGAUACAUGUAGAUCACUUGCCUGAUCAACAGAUGGAGACGACCCAGUCUUUUACUAAUACCUGUGAUAACUAUGAACAAGAGGACUUGAGCAGAGCCACAGACUGUGACUCUGUUCCAAAUGUUGCACAAGAACACACUGUUACAGAACAUAAUCUCACUUCCACGUCUUUCAGAAAGCAGGAAAAUGAUACCACUAUUGAAGAAAAGCUUCCAGACAGUAGCUGUAACCAGUCUGAAACUAUGAUUUCAAAAGAUACCAUUCAAAAUGAUGUUGUUGGAUUUGGUGCUGAUGACAAUGAUAUAAGUGAUACGGAAAUAGAAACCUAUCUGGCUGGUCAUGAGGAUCCAACUGUGAAUGAUGGUGCAGCUGCUGUUGAAUAUUGCAUUGCAGAGAGAAUUGGUGGUAGCCAGGAAAACCCAGACAUUUUAAUGGAUGUUGAUCAAACUCAUUCAGACAUCGUAGCUAAUGAAAGCAGUAUUCAAAAUGUUGAAGGAAUGAGUCCGUCUGUUUUAAUGGACUCUAGAAUAGACAAUUCUCUAGAAUCAUCUGCUUCCAGAAAAGAACCUUUGGAAGUAACUGAAGUUGCUAACAGAUUUCAUGAUUCUGUAUUGGAGAAUGUUGAUAAUGUCAAACCUGCAUUAUCUAUACAACAGCAGUCUGCUCUAGAUCAUGCAGAGCAUUUAAUAGAAAAUGAUAAUUCUGGCAUUGUUUCUGGUGCUUUUAAACCUGAUAGUGUACAGAACACAGAAAUAGUAGGUUCGGACACACCUAACAGUGCACUACAAGUGACAGGAGUUGGAGCAAGACCGAAGGAACCAAUGCAAGUGAAAAAGAAUCGACCCAAUAGUUUGUUAGGGCUCUCGAAAAUCAACUUGGACUCUCCUUUCAAUCUAUCCCAGGCUGUUCACGAAAGGACCGAUGGUGGAAAUCAGUCUCUGUGUUCCUCCAGAGAUUCUUUUGGUUUCACCCAGUCUGGAUUGUCAACUAUGGAUGGUUUGCAGAAUCCAGAUCCAUCUCACGAGACCCUGGCAGGAGAUGUCGGUGGCUCUACUAUUCAAAGCAAGAAGUGGAUCAGUCCUCAGCAGAAGAAGAUGAUCAAUCUGGAGAUCAAGCAGCAGAUUGCCCAGGAGCAGAAACAGAGAAUGGACAACUACGUGUCUGAUCUGGAACAAGAGGCUUAUCCUGCUUCCACUGACCCAGGCUUUCCUUAUCAACUGGGGGCCGAUAACAUCCCAGAAAGCAACUCACAGACAUUUUCCCCAGAGUGUGGGCUGGGGAUUUUACCUGGUCCUGUGGAUGCACAACAAGCUGCUGGUUCUUUAGAAGGUUCAUUGACAUCUGGUAUGAUGGAUAUGUUACCAACCUUUAAUAUGGACAAUACAUCUACAGAUACACACGGUCAAGAGGAUAUGCCUGUGUUACGUCGCAGUGAAGACAUACCAACUUCUCUGGGUUAUUCAGUAGUGGCUCGUCCACAUUCUUGGAGUCCAGGGGGCACAGAACAAGCUAUGAUGCCCCAGAAGCUGAAACGGCCGACUAGCCUUAACCUUCCUCAGCGACAAGACUUUAGUUUGAAUAUUGACAGAUCACCUGAGAAUCCAGCUGACAAACAUAGGAGAGUGGGGAUGAUGCCACCAUCCGAGAUACCAGAAGAAACCGAAUCAUCGGUUGCAGACGAGAUGUCCGCUAGUGGAGAACAUGAGAAUAUGGAGGUUUCUAGUGACCUAGACUUGCAAGCUGAAGCUAUGGCUGCCAGUAACCCACCACAACCGAUCAUUCAGCCCAACUUGGGCAAAGUUCGUCCCACGUGGGUACCUGAUAGUGAGGCGCCAAACUGCAUGCAGUGCCAGUUGAAAUUCACCUUCACCAAGAGACGACAUCACUGCAGAGCCUGUGGGAAGGUGUUCUGUUCAUCAUGUUGCAAUACCAAGAGUCAUCUGUUUUACCUUGACAUGAAGGAGGCCCGCGUCUGUCAGUCUUGUUAUCAAAUGCUCCACUCUGCUGAUCCAUCGUGUCACGUGGACCUGCCAAGUCCUAACCCCAAUAAUCCGAGUGAAUACUGUUCCACCAUUCCUCCUAGUCAGCAGGCCAGUCUUCGUACACCACUCCCAAUGGUGCUAGUGCCAACACUUAAAAGACAGGGCACCCAGCGAAGGGCCGAACCGAAGCAGGUGAUGUUUUCUGAUGGAAUUCGCCCUGGCGGUGACCUCACUGAGCUAGACGGGUCAGCUGAGGCGAGAGUCGCACCACGGAGAAUUGGACGUGUCCAGAAAAAAGUAGAAAAAGGUGGCCAUUCGUCCCCUAAGGCCCGCCACCUGAAGCAGACUGAUGCAUCAAGGAGACUGUGUCUGAUCCCCACUGAAGGCCUGCCUCCAUUGUACAGUACAUCAGAAGGUGGAGAUUUCCGAAUGGAAGAAAAUCCUGACCCAACUACAUUUAUGCCUCAAGUUAGAGAUGAGGAAGCUGAGCCUGUGAUAUUUGCAAUAAAUCGAAAUCUGUUUGUGUUAGUGAAAAUACUGUCAUUGGAUUGCUGUGUGAAUCGUGAAUGCUGGUGCUUCACAACGAAGGGCAUGUGUACUGCUGGGCAGGAUGAGAUUGUCAUUAUUCUGGAGGUGGAGCCUGAUGAGGACAUGCCCCCUAGAGACAUCUUCUGUCAUUUCAGUACAGUGUAUGAAGAGGCAAGCAAAGGUAACACUGUCUCUGAUAUGGGUCACAGUAUUUUCAACCAGACGUUUCUAGAUUCACGAGAUCAUGGUGGAUUCCUCUACCUGCGACCGACCUUCCAGUGUCUGCAGAAAAUUAUCCUUCCACAGCCACCAUACGUGUUUGGAAUUUUACUACAGAAGUGGGAGACACCAUGGGCUAAAGUAUUUCCUGUCAGAUUAUUGCUCCGGUUAGGAGCUGAGCACCGAUACUAUCCCUGUCCCCUAGUGAGUAUCAGGAACCGUAAACCCGUAUUUUUCGAGAUUGGUCACACGAUAAUGAACCUUCUGGCUGAUUUCCGCAACUACCAGUACAUGUUGCCGCAGAUCAGGGGUGUGCAUAUCCACAUGGAGGACAAGAAAACCAUCAUCAAGUUCCCCCGAAACAGAUAUGAUGAGCUGAUGAAGAUGGUUAACGGUAGUAACGAGCACGUGAUGGCUCUAGGAGCCAGCUUUAGUCCGGAUGCCGACUCUCAUCUCGUGUGCAUUCAGAACGAUGAAGGAAACUACCAAACCCAAGCAAUUAACAUACAGAACAAACCUAGGAAAAUAACCGGUGCCAGCUUCGUGGUGUUUAAUGGGGCCUUGAAGACAACGGCUGGCCUGCGGGCCAAGUCGAGCAUCGUGGAGGACGGGCUCAUGGUUCAGAUCCUGCCCGAGUGCAUGGCCGAGGUGAAGCAGGCCAUCAAGGACAUGCUGGACUACACCAUCGGGUGUGGCACCGUCUCGUCGGACAAACCAGAGGAGGUCGUGCUCAUUCAGUGGGUGGACGACGACAAGGCUGUCAAUAUAGGUGUUAAAAGCCCCAUUGAUAACAAGCUAAUGGACGGGAUUAAGAGUAUUCACAUCCACAACUCGACGGAUUACAUCGGAGAGAACCGACUGAUCCGAUGGACAGAGGUGUUCUUCAUCCAGAAUGAGGAUGCCGGGUCCAGGUGGGAACCUGUCGACCUAAGCCGUCUGGCAGAAACGCUCGCGUCUGCUACCUGCAUUGCAAUAACGAGUCACCUCGACCAGCUCAAGGAGGCUUCCAUGACCAGAAUUGGUCUCAGAGUCAUCAUUGACACAGAAAGAGUGGAAUAUGAAAUUGGUGCAAAUGGUGAAAAGUUGCCCGAUUUCUACAUGAAUGAACUGGAUAGUGCUUUAAUCCCUGUCAUACAUAACGCGGCCUCCCAGAGUCAGGAGGGCCCCAUUGCUCUAGAACUCAUCUUCUACAUCCUCGAGUGAACGGGCUGUACCCUACAUAACAUGAGCUAUAUUACACAGUUGUAUCAAAUCAGCAGCUAUAUUUGUAACUUAAUGCAGCAAGCACUGGUUAAUGCGAACCACUUAAAGCUUAUGCUUUGCACGGGUAGAAUUCAGUCAACCCUCUUUAGUAUUUGAUUUAUGAAUUUGAAAGACUUGGUGUCAUUGUCACUUAAAUGGUGAUAUAUUUUAUUGUAAAGAUUCAGAUAAGUGACUAUUUAAAAGGAACAAAAAUUCAUGGCUAUUAGAUAAGACAGAAUACCAUUGUUUAGUGCUCUAGAUAUGUUAUCUAUAUGUAAAAAGAGCAUUUACAAUUCUUGUACAGCCAAUGUGUGGAAACUUUAAAAACAUUCUUAAGAUGUCCAUGUUUUUUUUAACUAUCUGAGUAUUAUUUUUCAUACUUUAGACCAAAGGAUGUUGUUAUUUUUUUGAAAAAAUGUUGAAAUAUUUCUAUAAGUGUGACUGAGUGAGUGAGUUAGUGUGAGUAAGUUGUUUACUAGUAUGUGUGACAGUAUUCGUAUGUGCUGUUUUUACUGGCUUUGGCUAGUGGGAUGUUCCCUUUAGCUCAGUUAGGACUUUGACAGGGAGGGUCACUGGUUCAAACCUUCUCAGUGGAGGUUGUGUUAUUUGUUAUAUAUUUUUUCCUGAUUUGUGUGUGUGUUUGUGUCAUAAGUUAUUAAUGUUUCUAUAACGAUGAUGUGUAAAGAGAGUUGACUGUAUUCUUCCUGUUUUUCCUGCCUUGCCUUGUCCGUCACAAAGCUUGUAAAUCAUCGUAUUCAAGAAAAAACUCAUCCAAAUAACUAUUUUUUCAUCACAUUGUUUUUUUCACAACUAUGUAAAGUACUUUGCCUCCAUAUUUGGUGGCAUGGCCUUUACUCUGCUUUGAAAAUACCCAGAAAAGUGGUUUAAUGGCAUGUGCAAUCAUCAUUUUUGUUACAUAUAAUACAUUUAUAUGUUAGAUUCAUCUAAGUCAUUGAAUUUUAUGAUUUUGUGGUAAGUCCCACAUGUGUGUUUAGUAUUGGUAAUUCUUCAGUAAUGAGAUUUUUAAAACAUUAGUGUACUUCACUGCUGAUUAAAAUAAUACAACACCUUUUGGAUCAAAUAUUGUACAUGGAAUUGACAGUUUUGUCAGCAAUUGUAUUAAUAAUAAGAUAUAUUCCUUUCUACAUAAGGAGCCAACCAAGGCUGUAACAAAAUUGCAUACAUCAGGUGGCUGCUUUCGACAGUUUAAAAAUGUCUGACCUCUGACUACUUAAAAGAGACUCUUUAUUAACAAGUGCCGCUGUACUAUUACGCAUUAAUUAAGAAAUAAUUACACAAUAAGAUAUUGGAUGAAUAAUAUAAAUGCCAGGUGCCCUUUAAAAGAUCUGAUCAAAAUGUCAUUUGAAUCAUUAAUUCAGUAAUUUUGUAGUCAAAAUGGGGGGCCAAAUUUACAAAGCUUAUUUUUUAUAGUGUGUUUAAGCAUUGUAAAUAUGUAUGAUUACGUGUGCAUGGCAAAAACAGGCUUUGUAAAUUCUAUCCUAAAUGUUUAAUAAAAUAUUCAAUAAUUAUAAGCAAUCAGCUUGAUAACAUUCAUUGGUUUUAAAUUUGUUCACUUUGCCAUGAAAUAUGUACCAUAUAUCAUCCUGUACCUAGCAGUACAAAUUAUGUGAAUAGUGAUGUUUUGAAACUUGUAAUAUUUGUGCAUUUCAUCUUGCUGUGCUUAUAAUAUUCAAAGUAAUAAAACUUAUUAUAAAUAAAUGCCAUGUUUGUGACAAAGCUGAUACCACAUUCGAUACAUUUUUAUAACCAAUAUAUUUCCAGAAAAAUUUAUUUAGUACACAAGAGUUCCCUAUACUGCACAUAAAAUAAAUAAGUUGAUUUAUAUGAGAUUACACUGUAAUAUAAAUUCAGUUAUUACACAGUUGUACAGAUAUGGGAGUGGUUAUUUCACUGUGUAUAAACAAGAGUUAUUCUACGUUAACAUUGUAUGUAUAGUGAUAACAGAAUAUGUAAUAUAUUACUAUUUAUUUUUUAUCAAUGUUCUGCAACAGAAUCAUUGUUUUGUAUAUUUCACCACUUUGGACUUCCUCGUCAGUUUGCAUCUGGUCUGUCUGAGAAGUGCUGCAACAUUUUUCUUUUUCUGGUAUGAUUGUAGUCGAAGUGUCCUCUGACCCUACACUGUUGAAAAUCACAGCUAGGUUUGGUUAAAUCAAUAAUUAAAAUUGUGCAUUGUUUCGUAACGACACUUUUGUCAAAAAGUAUGUCUCGAAAUAAAAUUUUAUAAAUUUAAAGGUGAAUAACAUUAAUGUGAUUUUUUUUUUUUAACAACCCUGGCAAAUUCAGCUUCCAUAUAAAUAAUGAUAUGGAAACAACAGAAGGCCAUCUGUUGCUCUCCUGAUUAAAAAUGUCAUGCAAAAUAUUUCAACUAAGGAGUGCAAUUUCUCAAAUCUACAAAAUAAAUUUACUUGAAGUUUUGGUUGAGGGGAGGGGUUUUCCUCCCAUUUUUUUAAACAAUUCAUAUGGGGAUGUCAUUGGACAUCAGAGAAGUGGAAUGUAGUUUGUGAAAAUUGUGUGUGAUAAAUUAUUUUAUUGACAUAAGAGGUUUUUAGCAGUGAACGGUCAGAGGACUAGUAUGCUAGUUGUUAGAACUGAUACUUGCCGCAUGAAAGGUACAAAUGUUUUGCUAGAGUAGUUCAAUGUCAUGUAUAUGUGAAUGUUGACUUGUUAUUUUACCUGUUACUUUGCAAGGCUCGAAAUGGACAGGAGACCAACAGCAAAUGAUGUUCAUAAUACACAAUAUGCUUCUAACAUUUCACAACCAGUUUAUGCUUUCCAUCUCUCGUCUUUCUCUCUCUCUCUCUCUCUCUCUGUUUUUUUUUUUUUUUUUUUUUUAAAGUAUUUCUCAUUUUUAGGAGGGAUACCAUAAUCUCUAAUCAGUGUUCAUCUCAUGUCUUCUGUAUUGCUGUUGAAAAGUUACACUAAUAGUCAGGGGCUAAUUCACUAAACUCUCGCAACUUUGCGAUCUCGCAGUGCAAUGCUUAAAGACUUGCAAAGAGGAUGCUUUGUUGUCUAGCAGAGCCUAAGAGAGCUUUUUGAAUUAGGCCCCAGAUUAUGAGUCUUUAUUUUGAAAUAAAUAUUUAGAACUGCUCUGCAUUUUCGGACAAUUGCUUCCAGAUUAAAAUGGGAGCCGCAAAUAUUGCUUAUCAUUGUACAAAAUUAAUUUUGAGCCCUGUUUUAUCGUGUUUCAUGUUCUGUAGAGAGAAUGUCACUUGUUAUUGUGAUUAUAUCAACCUUGGUACAAACUCCAGUAGUCUCGUAACUUGCCAAGUUUUGCAUUUAUUCAUCAGAGUAGUCUUUCUUUUUUUCCAGAUGGGUAUGCUCAGAAAUGGACUAUGUAAAAUAUUUAAUAUAAUUUUAAGGUUAUAAUUAUAUACUUCAUUAUUAUGCGAUGCACAAAUUAAAAAUGAAUCAAACCAAGUUAUUAAAAACCAUCCUUUCGUUUGAAUCUGCCUGUACGAGUUAUCCUACAUCUGUGGUUAUUCAGAAAAGAGUGCGUGUGAUUGUGUAUUAUCACUUAGUAGGAUAUUCCUGUUGGCUGAAUUUGACAAGAAAACCAAUAUUUUGCAUGUCAUUAAAUCUGGCACAUCCACAUUGCACCCUGGUUAUCCAAACACUAGCCAUUUGUUUUGAAGUAUCUGGGUUCUGUUUAUAAUCCAAGAAAAAAAAUCACUUUCAUGCUUUUUCCCAUUACAUCUUUUCACUAUGCUACACUUAAGUGUUGUCAGUUCUAAGUGGAUUUUUUUCUUGCCAAAUCUAGGGGUUUUCUUGUUAAUUUGUGUAUAAGCACAAAAUACUGUAGUUUACAUGAACAGGUUGGUACACGUCGGUGUUAAGUACAUCAUCUGGCAAAAGAUUGCUUAUCAUUGGUGUUUUUUGUUUUUUUGUUACAAGAUCACAUUAACAUUUCUGAAUCACUGUAACUAAACAUUAACAUUUUUGAAUCCCUGUAAUUAACUAGAUAUAUGACUGCACUUCACUUCACUUUGUUUGCCUAGAACACUUGAAACAGCUACAUACGAGUUAAUUCGAUUGUUAUCUUAUGAGUGUUCUAGUUUCAGUAAUGACCAGAGAGUUGGAAUCAAAUGACAGGUCGGGUAUAUGAGUAUAUUUUAGGACAUAAUCAUUGGUUAUUUGCAAAGAUCAUUGGAGUCUUGUAAUCUUCAUCCUGCUGCAUUUGAUUAACUACAUGGCUGUUAACAAAAGUAAAAUGAUGUGACUGAAAUUUCAAGGUACAGGGCAUUGCCCUGGUUGGGGGUUUAGAUGGUGGAUGUCAGUGUCAAACAUCUCAUAAUUCCCACUCUCCUUAGUGCACGUUGCGUAGUUCUCGAAUGACCCCAUUAUUCAAUUGUAAAUAAUAAUGAAGUAACAUACCGCUGGUCAGUAAAUGUUAAUUUUUGACCGGAUCAAUUUUAUUAAGUUUCAAUAUCUAUAAUACACAAUCUAAUAAUCUCCCAGCAGAACUAUUACAUUGUAAUCGUGUUCAAACUCGCACGUGCUGUUUGUCACAUGGUGUGACAUCGGGUACGGCCAUUACUUCAAAGGGAGUGAGUAGCACAUUUAAAUUAGUUGGGUUUUUUCACUUAAUUUACAACUACUGUUGUAACAGAUUUCUUUUUGGGGGGUGGGUUUAAAUGUAUGGUAGAUUAUACCCUGGGAUGGGUCCCUAAAGGGGGUCAGUGGGGCAAAGAAAACGUCCAAAGCGAUCAGGUUGACAUUACGGAAACCGAAAACGGACGAAAUGAUUCUCAUUUAAAAAAAAAAAACCUGACUGAAAAUAUAAUUGAGACAAUUUCUCCGACGACAGAAAUCCGUCUCACGACGGACAGUUAACAGCCAUGUAACUAUCUUUGUGUUGGAGGAUUAACACAAUGUACGUGUUGUGAAUAUUGCAUCUAUGUUUACUGUAGACAUUUUGCUUCCAGUCUUGCCACUUACAUUCUGCAUUAUACAAAUUUAUCUGGAGUAAUAUCAAAAAUAAUCAAAUUAUCAUCAGAAUUUUAAAUGGUUAAAUCAUUAAUUCUUAAUUGACAUAUUUCACAUUGUAUUUGGGUAACAGUAUAUUCCAUAUAUAUCUAGUUUAAAAAAAAAAAAAUAACCCUGUUCUAUGCAUUCACACCUGAUUUGCUGUUGCAAAUUUAUUAUUAUUAUUAAUUUACAAUUUUUGUUUUAAUGACUGGAGUGGUCAAACUUGUGUGUAAUGAUUAAGAUAACCUGCUGAACUUGGCAUAUGUAGACAUAUUUGUGGGACAUUUCUGAGGCCCCUUUAAAGACAGCAGCUUGUUAUAUAAGGUGUCCUUUAUAUCAGGUUUGAUUGAUGGAUGUAUCUGACCACAUAAUUUAUCACUGUAUUUAAAUAAAUUUACUUUAAAAAUUUAAAAUUGUAAAUCAUGAAUUACUAAAUUUAGCAAUAUUACGACAUUGAAGGAAGACAGCAAACUAGUAUUCAAUACACUUAUAUAUAAUAUACUGUACACAAUACACAAAAUGCAACUCCAGACCUCAUGUUUCAAGCUUGCUUUGCAAUGGUUAAGAGAUGCCCAACACCAUAUGUUCAUUAAAGUGGUAUUGUUUUUUUUAGUAGUGUAGAGGGAAGGUUCUUACAGCUUUGGUAGAAAUUAUUUAAACAUGUAACAAAAGUAUACUGAACUCCUUUGAAAAUGCACCACCCAAUUUUCAGUUGUUAUUGCUACCACGUAUAUGAUUGUCAUAAAACACACAAUAACCAUAUCCCUUGUAUUCAGAUUAUAUCCAGUUACAUAAAAUCAGUUAAAUGUUGUUUUCUUCUCAUAUCAUUUACACAACUAUACAUCUAACUGGUGUGUUUUCAAUGGAGUUCAAUCCAAUUGGGUUCUCAAAGGUAAUUCCUUUAAAGUGGAUAGAUUUCCCACUUCAAUACUAAGAAAAAGGUAUGUUUGUUUUUCAUAUAAAUGGAAAUCACUGGUAUGUCACAAUUUUAUGGAUUAAACUUAACAGUUACAUGAUCCAUAGGCCAUUAAAACAAGAUGUCUUGAAAGAGGAAGUGGCAGGUACCACUUAAGCGUAGAAAAAGUGUACUGAUCAAAACAAGUUGUCAGAUUGAUUCUUUAUUCUUAGAGGAAUGUUUUCAUGUGUGAAUAUUGUGCUGUUCUAGGUGUUUUACAGAAUAAUUUAUUUAGAAUUUUGCUAUAGCAAUACAUUUACAUGUGGUUUAUUUCUGUUGUGUUACCUACUUCAGAUUUGUAUCUUACACUUAAAACCUUGGUAACCAGAAUCUAUGGUUACAGUUUUGUGUUACUGGCAUGUUAUAACAUGCACAAUAUCCAAUGUACAGUUGACAGCAACUGAAUUGUGAUUGCAUAUACUGAUAAUACGGGACAAAAACGAAACAGCCUUAGAUUGUUUUCUGUAUAUAAUAUUUAUUUUCUGUUAAGGACCCAAUAAACGUGUUAAUAGCCCAAAA